AUGGCAAAUUCAACUCUACCGAUAUCAUCAAGAGUUUCUUCGAGGCCGACCCAUCUUGGCUUUAGGGACCCAUGUAUUGGAUUUCAUCCAGAAUCUCAGAGUUUCAGAUCAGUUUCUCUCUCCUCUCAACUUCACAAUCUCUCUCUCAAAUCUUCGGAGGCUACUAGACAGCUGCAGUCAUAUAAAAUAAGUGCAGUUGUCAGAGGAGAAAGCAGCUUUGAAGGGAUGGAGAUUGACAUCUCACUGAGUCCCAGAGUAAAUUCAGUGAAACCUUCAAAGACAGUGGCUAUAACUGAUCAGGCGACUGCUCUUGUACAAGCUGGUGUGCCUGUUAUUCGAUUGGCUGCUGGGGAACCUGAUUUUGAUACCCCAGCUGUAAUUGCCGAGGCUGGGAUAAACGCAAUUCGUGAAGGUUACACAAGGUAUACUCCAAAUGCGGGUACUUUGGAACUCCGCUCCGCAAUUUGUCAUAAGUUGAAGGAGGAGAACGGUAUCUCUUACACGCCUGAUCAGAUUUUGGUUAGUAAUGGAGCAAAGCAGAGUAUCCUUCAAGCCUUGCUUGCAGUUUGUUCUCCAGGAGAUGAGGUUCUAAUUCCAGCUCCGUUUUGGGUGAGUUAUCCAGAAAUGGCGAGACUGGCUGAUGCUACACCUGUGAUUAUUCCAUCUCUCAUCUCCGAGAAUUUUCUCUUAGAUCCAAAGCUUCUUGAAUCUAAACUUAGUGAGAAGUCAAGACUGCUGAUUCUUUGUUCACCAUCCAACCCAACAGGGUCUGUCUACCCCAGGAAAUUGCUUGAAGAGAUUGCUGAGGUUGUAGCAAGACAUCCAAGGCUUCUGGUGCUUUCUGAUGAAAUAUAUGAACACAUUAUUUAUGCACCAGCAACUCACACCAGCUUUGCAUCUUUACCUGGCAUGUGUAAUAGGACUCUGACUGUCAAUGGAUUUUCGAAGGCCUUUGCAAUGACUGGUUGGAGACUUGGAUAUCUUGCCGGUCCUAAACACUUCGUUGCUGCAUGUGGGAAGAUUCAAAGCCAGACUGGAGAGUUAGGAGUUAGGACUGCCUGA